CCCUGCAGCAAUUCUUGGUAUUGGACAUAGCAUCUCAGCUGUUGUCUCCUGGUCCGCUGACUACCAGAUUUGACUCAUUUGUGAUUCCUUCGAGAAUCUCCCAUGAUUUGCAAUGGUUACAUGAAUGUUUGGGAAGGGAAACUGGCACCAUCUUAGUACAUUUUCUCCAUGGCACAUUAGGGAAAGAAGCCAGAAAAGGCUCCCAACGCAUUGAUUUUUUUUUUUUAAAAUGAAUCUUAUUGUAAAGUUUCGGAGAAGCUUUCGAACACUAAUUGUUCUCUUAGCUACCUUUUGUUUGGUGAGCAUCAUCAUUUCUGCCUACUUCCUGUACUCUGGCUACAAACAGGAAAUGACACUUGUUGAAACUACUGCAGAAGCAGAGUGCGCUGACAUCAAAAACCUCCCUUAUCGGUCUGUAGAGCUGAAAACCAUCAAGCCUAUUGAUACAUCCAAAACUGACCCCACUGUCCUUCUCUUUGUAGAGAGCCAGUAUUCGCAACUUGGUCAAGAUAUUAUAGCAAUCUUGGAGUCCAGUCGGUUUCAAUACCAGAUGGUCAUUGCUCCAGGCAAGGGAGACAUACCACCUCUUACCGAUAGUGGCAAAGGGAAGUACACAUUGAUUAUUUAUGAAAAUAUUCUGAAGUACGUCAGCAUGGACUCAUGGAACCGGGAGCUUUUAGAAAAAUACUGUAUAGAAUACAGUGUUAGCAUAAUUGGUUUUCAUAAAGCCAACGAGAACAGUUUACCAAUUACACAACUGAAAGGGUUUCCUUUGAACUUGUUCAAUAACGUAGCUCUGAAGGACUGCUCUGUGAACCCUCAGUCUCCUCUGCUCCAUAUUACCAAAGGCCCCAAAGUUGAAAAGGGACCUCUUCCUGGGGAAGACUGGACAAUUUUCCAAUAUAACCAUUCUACCUACCAGCCAGUGCUUUUAACUGAGUUACAGUCAGAAAAGUCCCUCUCUUUCUUGUCCAGCCAAACACUUUAUGCGACAAUAAUUCAGGAUCUUGGGCUUCAUGAUGGGAUCCAGCGAGUUCUUUUUGGUAACAACUUGAACUUUUGGCUGCAUAAGCUCAUCUUCAUAGACGCCAUCUCCUUCUUGUCGGGGAAGAGGCUGACACUGUCCUUGGACAGGUACAUCCUUGUGGACAUUGAUGACAUCUUUGUGGGGAAGGAGGGCACAAGAAUGAAUGUCAAAGAUGUGAAGGCAUUACUAGAGACUCAAAAUUUACUGCGCACUCAGGUUGCAAAUUUUACCUUCAACCUUGGAUUUUCAGGGAAGUUUUACCACACAGGAACUGAAGAAGAAGAUGAAGGUGAUGACCUUCUGCUGAGGUCUGUAGAUGAGUUCUGGUGGUUUCCUCACAUGUGGAGUCACAUGCAGCCCCACCUCUUCCACAAUGAAUCAUCUUUAGUGGAACAGAUGAUUCUCAACAAAGAAUUUGCCCUGGAACAUGGAAUUCCGAUCAACCUGGGCUAUGCAGUGGCCCCACAUCACUCAGGGGUCUACCCAGUCCAUAUUCAGCUGUAUGCAGCUUGGAAGAAAGUCUGGGGUAUUCAGGUCACCAGCACUGAGGAGUACCCACAUCUGAAACCUGCACGGUACAGGAAGGGCUUCAUUCAUAAUAGCAUCAUGGUCCUCCCUCGACAGACCUGUGGGCUGUUCACACAUACUAUUUUCUACAGGGAGUAUCCAGGAGGACCUCAAGAAUUGGAUAAAAGUAUCAAAGGAGGCGAACUCUUCCUCACAAUCCUUCUAAACCCAAUCAGCAUUUUCAUGACACAUCUGUCUAACUAUGGGAAUGACCGCCUCGGCUUAUACACCUUUGUGAACUUGGCCAACUUUGUGCACAGCUGGACCAACUUGAAACUGCAGACCCUGCCUCCGGUGCAACUGGCCCACAAGUACUUCGAGCUCUUCCCUGAGCAAAAAGACCCCCUCUGGCAGAAUCCAUGUGACGAUAAACGACACAAAGACAUCUGGUCCAGGGAGAAAACCUGUGAUCAUUUACCAAAAUUCCUUGUGAUUGGGCCACAGAAAACAGGAACAACUGCACUUUAUUUAUUUCUUCUAAUGCACCCCUCCAUCAUCAGCAAUCUUCCUAGCCCAAAAACCUUUGAAGAAGUUCAAUUUUUUAAUGGCAACAACUAUCACAAGGGAAUUGAGUGGUACAUGGACUUUUUCCCCACACCUUCCAACAUUACCAGUGAUUUCCUAUUUGAAAAGAGUGCUAACUACUUCCACUCAGAAGAGGCUCCCAAGAGGGCUGCAUCUCUUGUUCCCAAAGCCAAGAUCAUUACUAUCCUCAUAGACCCCUCGGACAGGGCAUAUUCUUGGUACCAGCACCAACGAUCUCAUGAAGAUCCAGCUGCCCUGAGGUUCAAUUUCUAUGAAGUUAUCACAACAGGACAUUGGGCCCCUCCUGACUUAAAAACAUUGCAGAGGAGAUGUCUGGUGCCUGGGUGGUAUGCAGUACACAUAGAAAGAUGGCUGGCCUACUUUUCUACUUCCCAGUUGCUAAUUAUUGAUGGACAACAACUGAGAUCUGACCCAGCUACUGUGAUGGAUGAAGUCCAGAAGUUUCUAGGAGUCACACCUCAUUAUAAUUACUCUGAAGCACUAACGUUUGAUCCCCAGAAAGGCUUUUGGUGUCAGCUACUAGAAGGAGGAAAAACCAAAUGCCUUGGGAAAAGCAAAGGCCGAAAAUACCCACCCAUGGAUUCAGAGUCCAGAACUUUCCUCUCCAGUUACUACCGCGAACACAAUGUGGAGCUCUCGAAGCUGCUGCACAGGCUGGGGCAGCCUCUGCCCUCCUGGCUGAGACAGGAACUGCAGAAAGUGAGGUAGCAUUCGUGAAGAGAACAUGGCACCGAGUCAUCGUUAAGUAGAAAAGGCAAACCACGCAACCCUAUCCUUUUCAUACACGUGUGAUUGAUUAUCAGGAGAGGACUGCGAAUAAAUUUCCAUCGAUGUUUUCCAUCAAAGGAAACCUAUAUGCACGCAUUGGCAACUAUUAGCAUUAUUCUUUACUUAAGGCUUUUGGAAAUAAAAUUCGGGGUUUGUGGCAAUAUCUAGUGUCUAGUCUGGGGAUCACCAUACAGCUCACUUCCUCUGUCAUCCAGAUUUCAGGUCACCACUUCACCAAUGCUCUGACUGUAUGCAAAUUACCAAUUUAAACUUUGAGGAAAGGAUAAGGACUAAAGAGUCUAAAAAUGAACUCGGGUUUAACCCAGUGUCUGAAUGAAGGGCUAAUGUUUCCAAGCAUCAUUUAUUUGUUGGUCCAGCUUCCCCUUGUAAAGGGUAGCUCCAUUUUCACUAAGCAUCCUACGUCAUUGCAAGGGCAGGCCAUCCUCAGAAAACUCCAACAUGUUCUCUGGAGAGCCCCAGUAAAGUGGGAGAGUGUGAUUCUGAACUGUACCCGAGAAAGUGAGAGCCAUCUUUAAUGGGCUCAUGGUCUUGCUACAUUAUCAGUCUAGAUUCUCUUCUCUUGGCAGUGAUUGAGCAUUUAUACAUGUUUUGCCCACUAUUCUAAAUAGGGAGAAAAAAACCUUUAUUAACUAGAAAUGUAAACACCUAGAUGUA